AUGGCCUCUUUCUUCACGCAGAUUUGCAGAGGAUUUUCCACAGCAUGUGUGAGAAAUGUUCUGAUCAAGCAUGUGACGAUUAUUGGAGGCGGACAGAUGGGCGCAGGCAUCGCACAGGUAGCUGCAUCUACUGGCCACACGGUGACGCUGGUGGACACAUCUGAACACAUCCUCAAGAAGUCUGUCAAGGGCAUUGAAGGAAGCCUGAAGAGAGUGGUCAAGAAGAAGUACGCAGAUAAUCCACAAGCAGGGGAAGAAUUCAUCCAGAAAGUUUUGAGCAAUGUUUCCACCUGUUCAGACGCACAAGCUGCAGCCCAGAGCACAGACCUGGUGUUGGAAGCUAUUGUGGAAAAUCUUCAAAUCAAACAGGUCCUCUUCAGUGCUCUUGAUGAGGUUGCUCCAGAGCAGACAAUCUUUGCCAGCAACACUUCCUCUCUGCCAAUCACAGACAUCGCCAGCUCCACAACCAGACUGGACCGGUUUGGGGGUCUUCACUUUUUCAAUCCAGUUCCAAUGAUGAAACUUGUAGAGGUUAUAGGAACAUCAUCCACAAGCCAGGACACAUUUGACUCUCUUUUGAACUUCAGUAAAGCCUUGGGGAAAACGCCCGUGUCUUGCAAGGACACCCCUGGCUUCAUUGUGAACCGCCUGCUGGUUCCUUACAUGAUGGAGGCCAUUCGCUUGCAUGAAAGAGGCCAUGGAUCCAAAGAGGACAUUGACAUUGCAAUGAAACUUGGGGCUGGUUAUCCUAUGGGGCCGUUCGAGCUUCUGGACUACGUUGGAUUGGACACUGCAAAGUUCAUCAUGGAUGGCUGGAGUUCAAUGGACCCUGAAAAUCCACUUUUUGCCCCAAGUGAAAUUCUUAACAAACUGGUCGCUGAAGGGAAAUAUGGGAAGAAGACAGGAGAAGGAUUUUACAAAUACAAGUAG